GCUGCGCUCUCCGCCGGCAGUGGCUGUGCCUCUCGGCGCUGGUCGGGUCCCCACCCCUUUUAAAUAAGCCGGGCUGGUCGCCGCCCUCGCAGUCUAGUCAGCUCUGGGGAGGUGGCGGCGGCGGUGGCGACGGCGGCGCGGCCGAGGCCGGAGCCCUGCCCGGGGCCGGGCAGCGGGGCGGGCAAGCGGCGAGCGCACGGCGGGCGAGGCGGCGUCGGAGCGCGCGGCGCAGCCCUGGCAUAGCCCGGGGCCGCCCGCGCCAUUGUUGGGGGAGGGGGCGCCUGCCGCGCGCCGCGGGGUCGGUGCCGCGUGAAGGCGCCGGCGCGGGCGGAGGGGCGCGCCGCUGCCCAUGGGGAACACGCUGACCUGUUGCGUGUCGCCCAGCGCCAGCCCCAAGCUGGGCGGGCGCAAGGGGCCGACCGAAGCCAGCUGUGAGUCCGAGACCUACGAGGCGGCGGCCGGCGACGCGGCGGCGGUGGGAGUAACACCAGCGCCUGCCGCCGCGGAACCCUCGGAGUUGGAUCUGGGCGCUGGCGAGGGCCACCACCUACAGCACAUCAGUGACCGGGAGAUGCCCGAAGAUUUAGCUUUGGAAUCAAACCCUUCUGACCAUCCAAGGGCAAGCACAAUUUUCCUGAGCAAAUCUCAAACAGACGUGCGUGAAAAGAGGAAGAGCAACCAUUUAAACCAUGUGUCUCCAGGGCAGCUUACUAAAAAGUAUAGCUCAUGCUCAACAAUAUUUCUGGAUGACAGCACAGUCAGUCAGCCUAAUCUUAGAACCACAAUAAAAUGUGUGACCUUAGCAAUAUAUUACCACAUAAAGAACAGAGAUGCAAAUAGAUCCCUAGAUAUUUUUGAUGAGCGGUCACAUCCACUCACGCGAGAGAAGGUUCCAGAGGAGUACUUUAAGCAUGACCCUGAACACAAAUUCAUUUACAGAUUUGUUCGUACUCUCUUUAGUGCUGCACAGCUAACAGCUGAAUGUGCAAUAGUAACUUUGGUUUACUUAGAAAGGCUUUUAACUUAUGCUGAGAUCGACAUUUGUCCCACUAACUGGAAAAGAAUUGUUUUGGGAGCCAUUCUUCUUGCCUCCAAGGUGUGGGACGAUCAGGCUGUGUGGAAUGUGGACUACUGCCAGAUCCUCAAGGACAUUACGGUUGAGGACAUGAACGAGAUGGAGAGGCACUUCCUGGAGCUGCUCCAGUUUAAUAUUAACGUUCCCGCCAGCGUUUAUGCCAAAUACUACUUUGACCUGCGCUCCUUAGCAGACGACAACAACGUCAAUUUUCUGUUUGCUCCACUCAGCAAAGAGAGAGCACAGAACCUGGAGGCCAUUUCAAGAUUGUGUGAAGACAAAGACUUGUGUAGGGCUGCGAUACGAAGAUCUUUGAGUGCUGACAACUUCAUCGGUGUUCAGCGCUCUAAUGCCAUCCUCUCGUAAGAGACACGGGGCUAAUAAAGUUAUGAACCCCUCAACCACACAGCCUGGAGAAAUACCCUCUCCUGCCUGGAAACCAGCAAAGUGAGUAUUUUCAGCGGAAGACAGACCCCGAGUUCAGGAGACUCUGGACGGUGAAGGUGCACUGCAUGGAAGGGAAGGCGGCAGCGCUCUGGCCCUUCUUAGUGUGCGCAGCAGAGAUCAUGCACAGCAGAGCUCCUCGCCACACGCAGAUGCCUGCUCGUGUGCAGGCCAGUAGCUGAGAAGUCGCUGAGGUUUUUUAAAUGACUACUUUAAAUUUUUAGGUUUUAAGACACUAACAAUGUAACUUUGAUGUUCCCUGUUGCCCCGUCCAUAUUGCUGCAUAUGCCUUCAAAAUCAGUGCAGUAUUACAGGAAAACAGUAGGGCUUUUUUUAAUGACCCAGUGCUGGAAAUGGAACCCAGGGCCUAGCCAUGUGCUAGGCCAGCCCUCUGCCACUGAGCUGCAGCACCCAGCCCCAAACACGAGGCUGAAACACUUGUGAGGCCACUGAGGGACAGACAGUAGCACUGCUAAGUGCAGCCCCCGCCCCCCCUUGUCGGCAGGCAGUGUGAGGCCUCCCCUCUGGCCGGGACCUAGUGGUACUUGCGUGACCAUCUCUUCAGGCUGCUUGUGCCACUGGUGGCAGAAGCAGUUCAUUCAUGCGUGGGGCGUUGUGCAAGUACCACGAGGGAUGCAAGCUGUGCGGCAGCAGGACAUCCGAGCUGCGGCCCAGUGUAAACACAUUAAGCCAAAAACGGCUGGACAGCGCUGGCCAUUCUGUCUCCGUGGGCUCUGCCCACUAGCACUUUGGAGUGUUUAGGGCAUCAAGGUAAAGGAGAUUACUGUCUACCUUGAGUGGGUCUACAUCAUAUCUCUUGUCAGCCAUUAAUGGUGCCUCAUUUUCUAAUAAUUUUCCUCUUGUUAAAUGUAUUAAAAGGCACAGUAAGAACCUGAUUUAGGAACAUUCGAGUUGGACUUUCCACAGAUAACUGUAUAAGAUUCACUUUGUCAACUUAAAACGAAUCCAGCUUAACACACCCUCUUCCUGGAAGGGAACUCGUCCACAGUCGGGGACUUACCGUGUUUCCAGGAUGCCAGCCUCGUGGUGUCUGCUGCAGACUCGGACAGUGAGCUAUGCAGUGUCCGCAGCUUGCAGCACGGUUUUGAGCUUUACAGUCCUCAGUAUGCUGUGCUGCGCCUGGACCCUCCACGGCGCUACAGCAGGAGGAGAAGAGCUACAAACUCACAGAACCUCAUUGCAGAGUUUAGUUUUAUAAAUUGGAAAUCCGUGGCUUUCGUUUGUUCCAGUCUCGUAAAUGUCAGCCCCAGUGCCCUUGGCCAGCAAGGUGAGGCAGAGUGGACUCAGACCAACUUGGGGAGCAUGGCCUUGCGCAGCCAGAGCCACACCUGCACUUCUGGGGGUGCUUCCCAAGCUUGAAGUCGCUCUGUUUUGGGCUCCUUUCUCUCUCCACACAAGUGCCGCCUGUUUUCAAAGUUGUUCUUUGCAGGGCUGUGCUCUGUCUGCUUUGAUCACCUGAUUUUUCCCCACUCUGGGUUUGGCAGAUUAUGAAGAACAGUUUUAAUUCAAAGUAAUUAAUGCAAACUAAUUGGACUUGAUAGCAGCAAGUGAUUUAAAUAUUUUUUAAAUCUUCAUUUUAAAUCUAUUUGCCCUAUUUUAACUUUUUUUUUUUUCGAUACCAGGGAUUGAACUCACAACCUCAUGCUUGCCAGGCAGGCUCUAAUGCCACUGAGCUAAAUCCCUGGCCCCCUAUUUUAACUGCAAUGAACCCAGAACACUUCACAACUUAAAAGGAGAGUAUAUAAUUGAAGCAGAUUUACAAUAAAAUGUGAAGUAUUAAAUAUUACUGUUUCCAAUCACACAAAAGUUCUCUUAACCUUCUGAAGUGUAAUCCUGGGGUUUUUUAUUGUUUUUGAGACAGGGUCUUAACUAUGUAAUCCAGACUGGCCUUGAACUAACUCAUUAUGUAGUCAGGCUGGCCGCAGACUCAGCUGCCGUCUUCCUGCUUCAGCCUCGCACUGCUGGGUUCUGGGUGUGCGCACCACGCCCAGCUAACCCACGAGCCUUGCCUGUGAACACAGCCCUUCUGGGCCGGGGAGACUUCUCUCCGUGCAGCAGUGCUUCUCGCUAUAUUACAUGCUGCAGGUUCCAUCAUUCUUUGAGACAGACAAAUGCCGAGUAUGGUUUGUACAUACUACAAUCUACCACCUCAACAGAUGGUUCGUGGAGUGUCGAGCUUGGAGAUUUGAGUGGUUUGGUUUCAAAAAAAAAAUGCUACAACUUAAUGUGGUUUUUCUUUCUCAUGUUUAUAUUAAAAGAAAGUCUAAUAAAUUCUAUUUUAAUUAAA